UUAAAGAUACAUGUACUUUGUUUUUCUCCAGACAAGAAUGCAAAGUUUAGCACCAUCUCCAGAGGCAGCUUACAGAUCCAUCCGAGAAGGUUUAGUGAAGAUGGUGAGCUCUGAGGGCAUCAUGAGACCCCUUGGAGGUGUGAGUGCUGUCGUCAUAGGGGCUGGACCAGCUCACGCUCUCUACUUCUCAGCUUAUGAAAAAAUCAAGAGCACCUUUCCUUCCAACAAUUCUCUACAAAUUCAUGCUACCAAUGCUGCUGCUGGAUGUGGAGCAACUCUUCUGCAUGAUGCCAUAAUGGUCCCUGCUGACUGUAAGUUGUCUGCCAUGUUUCCUUUGUUUUCUAGUUGUAGUGCUGGGAAACUUGUACUCCAAAGUACAUAGGCCUGUGAGAGCUUUCUCUUUUCUUGUUCCUUGUUGCUCACUUUUGCUCAUCUGAUUGGUUCAUCACUCUUCCUCUCACUUUUAUUUUGUAUUGUCAGUCCUUUAGUACUUUUUCUCUUAAGUUUUCUAUAUCACCAUCAGUUUUCAUAAGUGUAAGCUAACUAAUAGAAAAGCAAAAUACAUCGUUCUGGUUUCUUUGUA